GAGAACGUGGUGGCGAAACCGGAUCGCCAGCGCGAGUUUUUCAGUUCUUUGUCUCUCUUCAUCAUGCUCUGGGGCACCAACUUCUUCACGACCCUCUACGACCGCGAGGUCUACUCUGGGGCGUGGGGUCUACCCGCUGGUCCAACCUUUAGGGUCUUGGCUGCAGCUGCACAGGUCUUC